UUCUCGUCUUCUUUUCUCCUUUAUUUUCCUUGGAUUUCUCUAUCCACGGGCUACAAAAACUGAAUAUUCUCUUCCUCUGUCCCGCUUAAUUGAAGCCUCCAACUGCAACUCUCCCCAGCUUUGCCCAAGAGAAAAUGAAGAAAGUGGUGUUGAAAUUGGAAUUUUAUGAUGACGAAGUGAAACAAGAAGCCAUGCAAAAGGUGGCUGGCCUCGUAGGGAUUGAAUCUGUUGCAAUAGAUAACAAGUACAAGAUACUGACUGUAGUCGGUGACAUUGAUCCAGUCAAAAUGGUUUCCAAAUUAAGGGAGCUCUGUCACACUGAUAUAGUGUCUGUUGGACCAGCAAAAGAGAAGGACGAGUCACAAAAGAAGGAUGAAGGCAACAAGAAAGAUGACCUCAGAAAGGGAGGGGACGAAAAGAAGGGAGGAGGAGGUGGUGGUGGUGGGGAUAACAAGAAGUACGAAUCAAAACUGCCGCAUCAUCUACCGGUCUAUCACCAAAACUGCCAACCGGGGGAGGAGGUAUGUAUGCAUAUUGUGCAAGCUGUCCCUUGA